CUUUUGCGGGCACAAUGCGGUCGACAAGAGUUUGCGGGCGUUCGGUUUUCUUGACAACACUGUGGUGUUUGCAGGCAUGGACCUCCGCGGUGCCAGAUGCCGGGUCCGCCCAGGUAAGUACGGGCAAGUACAAGAACAAGACCGCGGUGGACCGGGUGGACGUGUGCACGUUGAACGCGUGCGAGGCCUACGUGCGGAUGCGCGACGACCUGGCCAAAGCGGUGCAGCCGAUCAACGAGAAGCUCCGGGGAGGCGACGGGUCGUCGUCGGCCGGCGACCUGGGGGCCGUCUUGGAAUCCCGGCUCCAGCGGCUGGACAGGAGACUGCGGUCGGUCGAACAACCGGUGUGGACAAUAUUGCCGGGAAACGAUCGGUGGAAACGGUGCGAUCACGGACCGUGCAAGUGCAGGACUGAAACGCAUUCGGUGAGCUGUUGGAGAAAGGACUUUGAAGAAAUCCCAUCCAAUCAAAUCGUGCCGUACGACGUCAACGCAAUAGACCUGAGCACCAAUCGGAUAAUGUCGUUGCACAAAGACACGUUCAAGGACUUGACCAACUUGACCGAACUGGACCUGACGGACAACGACAUCGACUAUUUGCCCACCGCCAUAUUCACCGCGCUGGAAAACUUGACUAAACUGAAAUUUCACAGAAACCAUUUGGUCGAGGUACCGUUGUUGUUUCAGAGGAACGCAAAAUUGCAAAUACUAGACUUGUCGAUGAACCACAUAAAACAGUUACCGGAAGAGUUGUUCCGGUCGACUAGAAACUUGUUGCUGUUGCACGUCUACGGCAACGGGAUAGAAGUUCUUCCCAAGUCCAUUUUCAAGGAUCUCGGUCGCCUGGAGGAUCUAGAUUUAUCGGCAAACACGUUGACCGAGUUGUCGUCCGACGUGUUCCAAGGCGUGGUGUCUCUGAAAAGACUCAAGCUGCAAGAAAACCAACUGCAGCAGCUUCCUUUGGGUGUAUUCAACGAUAUGGAAUACUUGGAGAUCUUAUCGUUGAGAAACAAUCACAUAUCGUUCAUUCGUCCCGGACUGUUCAACAACAUGCGGCGCUUGGUGCAAUUGGAUUUGACCGAAAACUGGAUAACACUGCUAAACGGCAACGAAUUCUCCGACCUGGUGGCCUUGAACGAGCUGCACUUGGGCCAAAACUAUUUGGACUUUAUACCGAAAAAGACGUUUAAAAAUUUGGCUGCCCUCGAAAAACUUUACCUGUUCUCCAACAACAUUCAGCACUUGGACGCCGACAGUUUUUACGGGUUGAACAAUUUAUCGUCGUUGUUUCUCAACAAUAACUUGCUCAAAGUUCUGGAAGACAAGCUGUUCGAGCCACUUCGCAAUCUGAGAAAAUUACACAUAGACAGCAACAAGUUCCAGUUUCUACCCAACGACUGUUUUAAUCACCUCCCCAAAUUGAUAUCACUGAAACUGUCCAAGAACCCGUGGCACUGUGAUUGCGCCAUUCUAUAUUUGGCCAGAUGGUUGCGGGCCAACAGGCAGAAGGUCUGGGACUCGAACCCCACGUGCAGGGGACCCAGAGACUUGGGCGGCAAACCGGUGGAGGACAUGACGUUCGAGGACCUUUGCGACGGUCAAUGGGCCAGCAUGGUGAAGUUAACGCCCCGGGUGCCCAUAAGAUGAUGAUCGAUCGAUCGAGAUGCACACAUGUUAAGCUAAUAUACGAUCGAUCAUAUGCCGUUUCUCGAUCAUCGACUGCGUGUGUGUGUGUGUGUGUGUGUGCGUCGAGAAAAACGUCGAUUGAUACUCGUUUUUAAUGGCUUUUUUAUUGUCCGCACUUAAAUAUUUAUAAUAAUUAUAAUAUACAUAUAAACG